AUGAAGCUUAUUUCACUUGUCAGAAACGUUUGUUCUCGCCAAUGCCAACCGAGAGUAAACCGGACUGUGCAAGUGCGUUUCUUGCAGCAAGAUUCCGUCUCCACAGCCAAACCCAAGAAAUACAAAUACCCUCCGGUUUACGACCCGUACGGUCCAAGACCACAACCUUCAAGCAAAAUCGUGGAGCUAGCUGAGCGUAUAGCUGCGUUAUCUCCAGAAGAGCGGGGACAAAUCGGUCCUGCGCUCAACGAACACCUGAGGCUUCCGAAGCAGGAGAUGAUUUCGACGGACGGGAUGAGUAUGGGAGCGAAACAAGAUGGUGGAGCUGGAGUAGUAGAGGAGAAGAAGGAGAAGACGGCUUUCGAUGUGAAGCUGGAGAAGUUUGAUGCGGUCUCGAAGAUCAAAGUGAUCAAAGAAGUGAGAGCGUUCACGAAUUUGGGUCUGAAAGAAGCGAAAGAUCUUGUGGAGAAAGUCCCUUGUGUGCUGAAACAAGGAGUGACCAAGGAAGAAGCUGAUGGGAUCAUAGCAAAGAUCAAAGCUGUUGGUGGAGUCGCUGUCAUGGAGUAA